GAGAAAUUGAAAUCAAUGGCUGCCUAAUCUCUGUUGAUUCUUAAUCCUCCAUUUACCCAUUUCAUCUCCCUCUCUCUCUCUCUGGUUCCUUGUUAUUAAAGCAAUCGAUAUUUCAAUCCUUCAAUUUAACUCCGGAGGCCGAUCUUAGUAACACAGCCUCCGCUCAAGGGUUCGCCGGAAAAUAUAAAUCUCAGCGGUUUUAAUCGCCGCAUUUGCAAAUGGCAGUAGCGUUUUUGAAUAUUGGCGGCAACGUUUUCGUCUUCUUCUUGUCGUUAUUAGCCACAUUGGCUCCACAGGUUCGAGCCAAUGUUGCUGUCUUCGACAACUACUGGACGCAGCGUCAAAGCGAUGCUUUAAAACAAACCAUAAACUCUUACGAUCCUAACCCGCUAAACGUCACCAACCACUUGAAUUACCACGUCAAUUUGGCAGUGGACGCUGCGGAAUCAAUGAACAGCCCGAGGAGAGAGCUUUCACAGGUGAAAAGUGGUAGGAAAACGCAAAAAAGCAACGGAAAAUGCUUAGCUUAUAACCCCAUAGACAAAUGCUGGCGAUGCGACCGUAAUUGGGAGAAAAACCGGAAGAAACUAGCGGAUUGUGUGCUCGGAUUCGGCCGGAAAACCACCGGAGGAAAAAAUGGACCGUUCUACGUAGUCAACGAUGCGUCCGACAACGAUCUUGUCAACCCGAAGCCAGGAACGUUAAGGCACGCGGUGACCCGAGAUGGACCGCUUUGGAUCAUAUUCGCAAGAGACAUGCUCAUAAAACUGCAACAAGAACUGAUGGUAACGAGCGAUAAAACGAUCGAUGGAAGAGGAGCCAAGGUUUACAUCAUGGAAGGUGCUGGAAUAACGCUGCAGUUUGUGAACAAUGUGAUCAUACACAAUAUUUAUAUCAAGCACAUUGUUCCUGGGAACGGUGGGUUGAUCAGAGACUCUGAGCAGCACAUAGGGCUCAGGACGAAAAGCGAUGGUGAUGGAAUCAGUUUGUUCGGAGCAACCAAUGUUUGGAUCGAUCAUGUCUCGAUGACCAGAUGUGCAGAUGGUAUGAUCGAUGCGAUUGACGGCUCGACUGCAGUAACUAUUUCCAACAGCCAUUUCACCGACCACCUAGAGGUGAUGUUGUUUGGGGCGAAUGACAAACACGUGAUAGACAAGAACAUGCAGAUAACGGUUGCGUUUAACCACUUUGGUAAGAGACUGGAACAGAGAAUGCCUCGAUGCAGAUUCGGGACGAUCCAUGUCGUAAACAAUGACUACACACAUUGGGAAAUGUACGCAAUCGGUGGAAACAUGAACCCUACAAUCAUAAGUCAAGGCAACCGUUUCAUUGCUCCUCCUAACGAACAAGCCAAACAGAUUACAAAGAGAGAGUACACGCCUUACAGUGCUUGGAAAUCUUGGAACUGGCGAUCGGAAGGAGAUUACUUCAUCAAUGGAGCUUAUUUUGUUGAAUCCGGAAAACCAAAUGCGUGGAGCCCUACGCCGAAAAACCCUAUCCCAAACAAGUUUGCGAUUCGACCGAAACCGGGAACGAUGGUCCGUAAACUAACCAUGGACGCAGGAGCACUUGGCUGCAAACGGGGUAAAGCCUGCUAAUUGAAACUACCAUUUUGCCACUUCCAACAAUCAAAGAAAGCUUAUGCUAUGUAAUUGGUUGUUGUCCAAGUAAAAACGAGAGAGAGAGAAGGAAGGAUAAGUAGAGGAGAAAGAAAGCAAAAUGGAGUUUUUUUUUCUUUUUUUAUGAAUGGUGUUUUGUGAUUCAGAGUGCAUAUAUAAUGCGCCGUCUCGGAUUAUUUUUCUUAUAGGAUCCAUGUUCCUUUUUCUACGGAAAAAUGAGAAAAACAAAAUACCUUAGAUAUAUGCAAUCCCUUUGAUAAUGACUAUUACCAAUAAGUGUACGGUUGAUGUCAAUCUAUUAUUAGAACAUUGAUAAAUUUGAUAUGACAUAGUCACACAUUAGCCCAA